GCGUGUGUGUGUGUGUGUGUCUGCGUGUGUGUGUUUACGUGUAGGUGUGGCGAAGGUGUGAUGCACAAUGUAAGGAGCAGGAGCCCAGCAGGAGCAAUUUCACCGCCCAUAGGACAUUUCUUCCUCUUGUGAGAUUGAGUCCCAUGAUUCUAAAAGAGAUUGAGAGACAAAAUGAUUCGCUUCUUGCUGCUGUUCAGCAAGCAGGGAAAGCUACGUCUGCAGAAAUGGUUCACACCAUUAACAGAUCGAGAGAAGAAGAAGGUGAUCCGGGACAUGAUGAUGAUUGUGUUGGCCCGUACGCCGCGCUCGUGCAACUUCCUGCAGUGGAGAGACCUCAAGAUUGUCUAUAAAAGGUACGCCAGCCUGUAUUUCUGCACUGGUCUGGAGGAGCAAGAUAAUGAGCUGCUGAGCCUUGAGGUGCUGCACAGAUUUGUUGAACUGCUGGAUAAAUACUUUGGCAAUGUGUGUGAGCUGGACAUUAUUUUUAAUUUUGAAAAGGCGUAUUUUAUUUUGGAUGAAUUCUUGAUGGGAGGCGAAGUGCUAGAAACCUCCAAAGUGGCCGUGGGUGUCUCUCUGCAGGAGGCUGACGAACUCCAAGAGCAGACAAUGGAGGAAUAUAUGAGCAAACCUAUGUAUUGAGCCUAUGACAGACCUCUCCCACCUCAGGACAUAAACCAGAACGUUUAAAUCUGUGCAAUAUUUUCACUUUGUCAUGAACCACAAAGUGCUUUUGUAAAUUAGCACCCAAUAUUUUUUGCAAAAGCUCACAUUUCAAAAAAUUCUUCUUUUUGAAAGAAAUCAUUAUUAACAUACUAUAUUUACAAAAUGUACUCUGGUUGUCUUAUUUUGCUUCUUGAGAGGGAGGCUCUGGCUUCAAAUCUCAGCUCGGUCUUCUUUCUUGGAUUAUUUGUCCAUAGGUGCAAAAAUAAGUCUGAAUGGUUGUUUAUAUAUGGCUUGUAAUGGAUGUAAAUGGUUGGAUAGAUGCAUGUUAAAUUGAUUCUACAAAACAGAUAGCACUUUUAUCCGUGUAUGCAAGGAUACCUAAUUAUAGUACAACUAAAUAUUGCAUUCAUAAUUGCCCUACAAAUUUUACUACACUGUCUAUGAAUUGUUUCCAGUGUAUUGUGUUAGUGGCUAUGAUUUUAUUUUUAUUGUUUAUUUUAUUGUGGCAUUACAUCUUAGCUUCCUAGAAAAAAAAAAUUCUCAACAGCUUUUUUUCUUGUUUGCUGAUUUGAAAAAAAAUCUAUAUGUUGUCAAUGAGAGGAAAAAAAGAACACAACUCGGUAAGGAAAAAUAAAGUCAAUGCUUUAUUAACCUCAAGUAUGUCACAUAUGCCCACAUUUAGGAAAGAAUUGCCAACAAACACAAGUGAAAGUAAGGGGGUCCAACACUGAUGUGUGUGUGUGUGCGCGUGUGUGUGCGUGUCGUCAGGAGUGGCGAGUCACAUGUACGGGAUGUUGAGCAACUAACUCAAAUUAUUGUCAGAACACUCAUAUUUCUGCUAAUAAAUAAGACAUUCAGUAAACCUA